CUGUCAAAGGAUUAAAAAUUAUAUCUAAUAUGAAGUAUGUGUAUUAAAAACAGAUCUCUGCUUGGUAAAAAAAAGUCUCUAAGGUGAUCAAAAUGGUUUCUGGGGUGGAUUUUUUCAAGCUACACUUACUUUAUAAAUAGCGUUCCUAUGAGGCUCUACCAGUUUCAGUUUAUAGUAUCCAUCUGUUCACAGUGGCUUCUGGGUGCAAAAGCUAAGCAAUAGAGAAACAGCAAAAGUAUAGACAUAAUCAUAGCCCAGCCAACCUAAAUGUGUUCCUUCCUAUAGAAGGAACUUUUACUUUGAAUUAAUUAAUUAAUUAAUUCAUUCAUUCAUUCAUUCAUUUUCAAUUAAUUCCCCCUCCGUGACAAUUGACCCGAGGGCAUUUUCUAUCACUUCAGUUCUUGCAUUAUAAAGCUGUUUCUCUACUUUUUACCACUAAAAAUAUAAAAACGGGUCUUGCCUAGUACCAGAUCUAGUCUGUACGGAGGAGUAUGAAGAGCCUUGCAUGGACUGUAAUGGUAGUUGGAAUUGGGAAUCCAUUCUGCUUCCAGCCCAGACCAUGAUAUAUGGUCUUCAGAUAUAUAAGGAACCUAACCCCUCAUAAACAAGUGGAAGCAGACAUUCAUACAAUGUUAAAUAGCCACAGCAACAGCAAUAGCAAUGGCAACAACAAUAGUAAUAGUAAUACUUUACACAGGCACAAGAUGUGGCUGUUGAUUGCAAUCCUGGUUUUGACACAAGCAUCCGUGAACUCAGAAGAUGCCGUCGAGCAGAAAAAGGUCGUAAAUCCCGAGACUUUCAUGAAUGUUAGCCAAAUCAUCUGCCACAGAGGGUAUCUCAGUGAGGAGUAUGAAGUCCUGACUUAUGAUGGCUACUACGUCAGCCUUAACAGGAUUCCUUAUGGAAGAGCAAAUCCUAGGAACAGAGAGCCCAAGCCAGUUGUGUUUCUCCAGCACGGCUUACUCGGAGAAGGCAGCCACUGGGUGGAAAACCUAUCUAACAACAGCCUUGGCUUCAUACUCGCAGACUCUGGCUAUGAUGUCUGGCUGGGAAACAGCCGAGGGACGAGCUGGUCCCAGCGACACCAGCACCUUUCCGCUGACCAGGCUGAAUUCUGGGAUUUCAGCUUUCAUGAGAUGGCAAUGUACGAUCUCCCAGCCAUGAUCAACUUCAUCCUGCAGAAGACUGGACAGCAGCAGAUCUAUUACAUUGGCUACUCCCAGGGCUGCACGAUCGCAUUCAUUGCCUUUUCAUCCAUGCCAGAGCUGGCUCAGAAAAUCAAACUGUUUUUUGCCCUCGCUCCAGUAGUGACAAUCAAACAUGCCAGAAGUCCCAUCAUGAAACUGUCCUUCCUUCUAGACAGGCAAUUCAAGACGUUCCAGCUCCUGCUCGGCAGAACGGAUGCCUCGCUGCGGAUUAGGAAGAUGUGGAGGUUUCUCCCCCACCUCUGCAGGAACCCGCUGCUGCACAAGCCUUGUGCCAACCUCCUCUUCCUGCUGGGUGGCUACAAUGAGAAGAACUUCAACACGACACGGCUGGAUGUGUACACAUCUCACUAUCCAGAUAGGACAUCUGUCAAAACCAUGAUACACUGGGCCCAGGUGAUGAAAUCAGGAGAAUUCAAAGCCUUUGACUAUGGCAGUGAAAACCAAGCCGUGUACCACCAGGAGACACCUCCCUUGUACCAUGUGGAGGAGAUGCCCGUGCCCACCGCAGUGUGGUCAGGAGGAGAGGACUGGGCAGCUGACUGGAGAGACGUCAGCCUGCUACUGCCCCGCAUCACCCACCUUGUCACCUACGGCCACAUCCCCGACUGGAACCACUGGGACUUCAUCUGGGGCUUGGAUGCCCCUGAACGCCUCUACAACAGCAUCCUGGAACUGAUGGAGGGGUCUCAGUAGAGUGGUGGGUCCCCAGGGAGAUGCCAGUGGCCUGGCCCCUCUCCCUCAACUGGGACAUUCCAUGCUGUCCCCUCCUUACUGCUGGCCUGACACAGUUGUGGUGAUGGUGCUUCCCACACAGCCCUUGGUCAUCAGGGUUUGUCCUCCUCGCUUGGGAGCUCCUCAUGAACCAGUGAUGCUGCGCAGGCGGGCAGCACUGGGGCCAACUGAGGCAUCAGGGCAGGCAGGAGCCACCAGUCAAGCAGCCCUGCUGGAAAGGUGAUGCUGGAGGCACAUCCUGGCUGUGCAAGGGGGAUGUGGGGACCCUGCUGUGACCCCAGUGGGUUGGAGAUUAGAGCAUCCAACCCACAAGGAGAUGGGAAAGAGCUGGGAUUGUUGGGUCUGGCAUGGGGAGGUGGGGGGUGUCUGAGUCCAGCCCCUAGUCACAGCACAGAAAGGGAUGGAGGGGAUGAAUGGGUGUAUAGCCAUGGCUCCCCUAUGAAGCUGCCACCAGGCUGGUGUCCUGCUGCGGUGCAUAUCCCCUUCCAUGUGGUCCCAUCUCGCUACUUGCUGGAAAACCAGAGGUGGGGAAAAUACCUCCUAAAUAAAGAAUCAUCAGGAUUGAGGGAACUCUGAAGAUCAUCCAGUCCAAUCCCCUGGCAAGGCAGGGCCACCCAGAGCAGGUCACACAGGAAUGUGUCCAGGUGGGUUUAGAAUGUCUCCAGAAAGGGAGAUUCACAACCUCUCUGGGCAGCCUGUUCCAGUGCUCUGCCACCAUCAACAGAAAGAAGUUCUUCCUUGUGUUGUGGUGGAAGUUGUGUUUCAGCUUAUGGCCACUGCUCCUCGUCCUGUCGCUGGGCACCACUGACAAGAGCCUGGCACCAUCCCCCUGGCACCCACCUUUGAGAUACUGAUCUGCAUUAGUGUGACCCCCUCUCAGUCUGCUCUUCUCCAGACUAACCAGGCCCAGCUCUUAUAAUCUAUCCUCACAAGUGAUGCCCCAGAACCCUGAUCAUCUUUGUGGCCUCUUGUCUGUCUUGUACUGAGGAGCCCAGACCUGGAGACAGUGCUCCAGAUGUGGCCUCACCAGAGUAAGCAGAGGGGGAGGAUCCUGUCCCUCUAUCUGUUGCAAUACUCCUGCCUACGGCCCCCAAGAUACUCUUGUCCCUCCUGGCUUAAGGGCACGCUGCUGACUUCACCACUGAUCACAACAAUCUUCUGAGCUCUGCCCUUCACAGAAUCACAAUGUGGUUUGGGUUGGAAGGGACCUUAAAGCUCAUCCAGUUCCAACCCCUGCCAUAGGCAGGGACACCUUCCACUAGAGCAGGUUGCUCCAAGCCCCUGUGUCCAACCUGGCCUUGAGCACUGCCAGGGAUGGGGCAGCCGCAGCUUCUCUGGGCACCCUGUGCCAGCGCCUCAGCACCCUCACAGGGAAGAGCUUCUGCCUUAUCCCCAACCUGAACUUCCCCUGUUUCAGUUUGAACCCAUCACCCCUUGUCCUAUCGCUGCAGUCCCUGAUGAAGA